UACACUACCCUCCGCCUCGAUAACGAACCGUUACCCUAAUCACCUUCGUGCUAGUUCAACACGUGUUUCUCAUCAACCUUCUAUCUUAGGCAGACGUGCGGAAGCCUCGAGGCGCAGCAUGCACCCCUCAUAAGCGCUACCAGAUUUUGAACGAGGUUCUCUACUUUUCUUUCAGCUCUCUUCAUCCUGCAUCUCUUCAAUAGCAGAGCCACCAUACUCACGUCCUGGUGACUGAGCAAUAUACACAAUUAUCCAGCCUUACGGGUGUUUUCGUACCCUAAUCCAUUUUAGGUUAUCCGCAGAUUGACCAAAUCAUGCUCCCCAUCACCGAAUUCCAGGUCGCGUUUUGUGGGAUCGCGACCUUUGCGGCCACUUUCGGCUACGCUUGUGCUCGUAGAGCCUCCUCCCUGGGCGCGCAACCUAGCCACGUCGAUGUCGAACCCGAGGAGAAGUCUCUCAAGCGUAAGCUCGAUGACUCUGAUGCCGAAUCCGAAGGGGAACAGGAGAGACCUGUCAAAAGGAGCAGAACGCCUCCUAUCGACCACGAGGAGGAAGAGUGGGAAGUUGUCAUUCCACCUCCUUUGUGUCAAGAGGCGCAGAACGCGGCACCCCAUCCUGAACCAACUGUGCGACAGGAAGUGUCCAUAGCUGCUCAAGACGGGACCGAGCAAGUCGCAGAAGUCGCUACAAGCGCUAAUGAGCCCACUCCAGAAGCACAUACUCCACCGGUUACCAUUGAUAACGAAAAUGUCCAGCCGGCCGAACCACAGACGGAAGAGGUUGAGCCACGACCAAAGCAUACUGAGAGUCGGUCACAAUCAUUGAGUCCCAAUGAACCUAGCGAGCCUCGCCCCGUUACGCCGCCACCUACGGCUCCCAAGCCAGUCACUCCCAGGCCAAAUGCGACUGCUUUCUCACCUUUCGCAAGCCUAGGCACUCCUAAACCGAAUGCGAUUGCUUUUUCCCCUUUCGCAAACUUAGUCACUCCUAAGCCAAAUGCGACUGCUUUCUCAACUUUCACAAACACCAAGUCUCCUUUCACUAAGUAUUCCAAUACUCCCUUCCCGUCUUCGACGUCGACUUCCACACCUGCUUGGCGAUGCGGCGAAUCUCGUACUCCAGACUUGCCUGCUGAAAACGCGCCUGCACCGUGUCCGAAUGAUAAUGCCCCCUCACCGUCUCCAAACGAUGCUGAGUCGUUUUCAGCCAGUGCUCUAGGGGACCGUGCGCAGGCAUCGACAGUACCUAAAGCAUCCUCUCUUGUAACCGGUGAAGAAGACGAAUCCGUCUCCGCAGAGCUUAAAGGCGUCAAACUCUACAUAAAGCGCGGGCGCAAAGAGUUCACGGAUGGUAAUUAUGGGCACAUCAAAGUCCUGACGCAGAACGAGCGCGAACGCCUGCUAUUCAGACGUGACCCCCUGGGCCAGGUAUCAAUGAAUGUAGCCUUGCGGCCCGCAGUGCGGUGCCAUUAUGAUGCAGGAGAAAAUAUUCUCCGGGUCGUCCUGAUGGAGCAGGUUGCCGUUGAGGGGAAGGAACCGAAGGACGAGGUUGUGAUCUAUGCCCUCAAGCCGGGGCGUUCAUCGAAGGCAGACUUCAAGGUGUUUGCAGAAACGUUAUGCGCAAACGAUCGUCUGAAGGCGGUACCAUAAUUGUCCUCCUCGGAGUCGAUGGCAGAUGUCAUGUCGCAAGAUGCUGGUCAUCUCCCCUGGAACGCGUGGGCGUUCGGGUAGAUCGAGUCGUAUGACAGGGAGGUCAACAACUCUGACGCAUGUACAAAAUUGGCCUUGGUUAAUGGAAAACCUUACCAAGUCCAGACUACUGAACAGUUAUGGAUAUCCCCACACUGUAUAUUGAAUACCCACUAACGACUGAACGCAUUGUACAAAUUUUCGCCCAUGUUAUAAUGCCCAUGUGUAAUAGGUCAAAUGGCGCGAAUUUGUAUUCAUAUACUUGAUAGAAUCAUGAUUCUGGUGUUAA